UUUAGAACUUGCUUGGUGUUCAACUCAAGUUGGUUAUCUAUCAGCUCUUGCUUCAAUGUAAGUUGUGAUUGGAUAAAAUUUAUAUGGGUUUGUUGUAUAUCUAUGAAACUAAUGAAAGCCUGGAACCCUAACAACUAUAGUAUCAUCAUUCAACUAUAGUAUCAUCAUUCAACUAUAGUAUCGUCAUUUCUGUAACGCAAAUUUACACUGUGGAUAUAAUCAAAUGAGCUUCACAGCAAGUAUUACGUUUACCGAAUUACUUACUUAGCCUAGACUAUUUUAUCUUUACAACAAUUGUGAUAUUACUUUCUUCACUAUGUUUAUCCUAACCCACCCUGUCAACUUUCCCUGUGGGAGGAAACCAGAGCACCCGGAGAAAACCCACGACUUUUGGCAGAGCGUUGACUGACUCUUUUCACAUGAGUCCAUAGCGAGAAUCGAACCCCAGGAUCUCAGAUGCGAAGGAUCGCUUGCUCGAUGAGCCACCGAAGUCUCGUCAUUAUAUAGUUUUGUGAUUUAAGUUGGAAUUAUAUCGUUUUGGGAUGUUUUAGGUUCGGUGAAUUUCUUCGAUUAUUUUGGUUCAAUAGUGAGUUACAUGGUAGUCAGUAUCCCGUUAUUUAUUGGUGAUUUUGAUGACUUGAUGCCAGGAGAGCUGGCUGGCGUUAUAAGCAAGGUAUGCGUGAAUACAAUUUUUGCAGGGAGAGGGUAUAAAUUAUGGUUUUUGUACGACGUUCAACAUACACAUUGCGCUUGUGCCGCCAAUUUUCGAUUCGUGUAAAUUAUAUUUAAAGAAAUAGAUUAAUAUUAGCGCCACUCGCAUUCACAAAUAUCAGCAACACCAUCAAUACCACUAAGAGCAAAAUCAUUAUAAACAGUAUCGUUAUCGCCACCUUCAUCACCAGCGCCAUAAUGCGUCAUCAUCACCAUCACCGCGGCACCAUCAUUACCUCUGUCAUCAUAGCCAACUCCACCACUAUCACCACGCUGUUACCUUGGUGAUGGACAGUAUCACCAUUACCACCAUCAUCAUCACCAUCUUACCGCCAUCAUAACAUCAAUAUCAGUGACAGACACUAUACUAAGACAUGACCACCUUUUGCAGCUUAGGUAGCCAAUACAUGACCACCUUUUGCAGCUGGAAAUCUUGGUUCCUUUUUUGCCUACCAAUGCUUUCAUAGUUAUUUAGCUAUAAUUUAAAGGCUUUCAGAAAUUAUUACGGGCAGUUGUCCCUCUCCCCCCUCAUUGAUCAUCACCACCACUAUCGUCAUUACAAUCAUAAUCACCAAUAUUCGAGGUAUUAAUAUCCUAAGUUUCUUUACUUGUCAUUUUUCAGUAUUCUUUCAUAUCGAUGUAUCUGGUGCACUCGUUCUCUCAACUUAUUGAUCUCUCAAAUAAAGUUUCCGACAUUGCGGGAUACACGCACAGGUAAUUUGUCAACUUAUUUACUUCGUGACACAGCUGCCGAAGAUUUAGUAAGGAUAAAUAAACUAAAAGGCUAGCGAUGUUGAAUAUCUUGGUUGGGCAGUGGUGUAACUUUAGUUUUUUGACCAAGUUGGACAUGAAAAUUAGUUGCCCUAAAUAAAAUUCACUUGCCAUCAGACAAUGGCCUCCUUCGCUAGUUUCGUCAUGCAAAGCGAAACGUCGACACUCGCCGGUCUAAUAAAUAUAUAAAAUUUAGACUUGAAAUUCCCUGCUACAAAACUCUUCUAAAUGUUACGUACUCAGGUGAAUAUGAUGUUUGUGAUGUUACUCUGAGUGUAUAUCCACACCGGACAAGCUGAAAAGUUUGCCUGACCAUGGUGGGAAUCGAACCCGUGACCUUUGGAAUACUAGUCCAAUGCUCUGCCAACUGAGCUACGAGGCCAAGUCGGUUCGAGUAUGUGGUAUUUCGGAACUCUAGUGCCUUAGAUACCAAUGUGUCCUUAUGAUCAUGAUAUUUUUUGUGUGUGUUUUGAUGUUAUGAACUCGAGUGAAUAUAAUGUUUUUGAUAUUACUCUGAGUGUGCAUUCACGCCGCGGGCAAGCUGAAAGCUUUGCCUGACCACGGUGGGUAUCGAACCCGGGACCUUUGGGGCACUAGUCCAAUGCUCAGCCAACUGAGCUACGAGGCCAAGUCGGCGAGUUUGUGGUAUUUCGGAACUAAGUCUAGACCUUCGAUACCAAUGUGUUCUUAUGAUCAUGAUAUUUUGUGUGUGUGUUUUGAUGUUAUGUACUUGGGUGAAUAUAAUGUUUCUGAUAUUACUCUGAGUGUGUAUCCACACCGAGCAGGCUGAAAAGUUAGCCUGACCACGGUGGGAAUCGAACCCGCGACCUUUGGGAUACUAGUCGAAUGCUCUGCCAACUGAGCUACGAGACCAAGUCUGUUCGAGUGUGUGGUCUUUCGGAACUAAGUCUAGUACCCUCGAUACCAAUGUGUUCUUAUGAUCAUGAUAUUUUUUGUGUGUGUUUUGAUGUUAUGUACUCGGGUGAAUAUAAUGUUUCUGAGUGUGUAUCCACGCCGAGCAGGCUGAUCUCGUAACGAGCUCAGUUGGCAGAGCGUUGGACUAGUAUCCGAAAGGUCGCGGAUUCGAUUCCCACCGUGGUCAGGUAAACAUUUGAGCCUGCCCGGCGUGGAUAUACACUCAGAAUAACAUCACAAACAUUAUCAAGUAAGACGCCCAAAAUCCUUAUGAAAUUCUUUGCUAAUUACAGGAUUGGCGAAGUGUUGGAGUUUUUUAAGGAGAAAACAGGACCAUCACAAGAUUCAUUCAGGUUUGAAGAUAAUUUGGACGAUGGUAUUUUAUUCAAGAUAGAAAAUCUGACGUACUCUGCACCGCAAUCCAUAGACAAACCCUUGAUGAAAGGUAUAGCUAUCAUUAAAUUCAAUCCUUUUAAUAUUGAAAUUUGAAAUAGAGAUUUGGUGUAGUGAUUCUUAUUUCAACUUCAUAUAGAUUUAGAUCUGGAGAUUCAUUGUGGAAAAAAUGUUUUAAUAACUGGAAAAACCGGUAUGAAUGCAAGGUUGCAAAGCACCUAGUGCACCACGGCAAACUAAUCCAUUCUUAGGGGGAAAUAUUAUACAAACAAGACGCCUGCUCACUCAAAAUAACGACACCUGACACGCUUGUGUGAUAUCUGGAAUAUGAGAGCAGUCAGAUCAGCAAAUAUUGCUCUUUCUUGAGCGCAAAAUUUAGCUAUUGCUACCAAUACAAUUUAGAGCGAUGCCGACAUAUAAAAUCAGCCAAUACUCAAUAAUUCAAGAGUGAACGACUGGAGUUAAUUGCAUGUUUAUUUUUCCUUCUCACGUAAACAAUCAAGUUCGUCCUCAGAAACCUCAGAAAAACGCGAGCCGGAAGCCACUUUUUUGAAACUAUGCUCCAGGAAAAUGGUUGUGCUACUCGUUCUAUAUCGAGGAAUAGAUAGCGAGUAGAGUAGCCAAUCAAAUUACAGCAUUUGCAAUAGUACACUAGUAUAAGGUACUUUUUUUCAGGACACCCUUGUAUAAUAAUGAAUAACUGGGUAUGUCAUAUUUUUAUCUUUUUCUUUAGGCAGUGGAAAGAGUUCGUUGUUAAGGGUCAUGUGUGGUUUAUGGCAACCUGAUUGUGGUAAGUCCAUGAUUGUAGAAAUUUCCAAUCAGCUUUUCUCACGAAGGCCAAAAUCCGCCAUUUUGGGGGUUCUGUCAGUCCUCGUGAAAGAUUUUAGACAACUCAAACAACGUGAAAAGCGACUUUUAAGAGUUGUAACUGUAAAUUUACCAUUAUACAAACAACUACAUUACUAAAAGGUCGCAUUUCGUGGUGCGCAGACUCUCAAACGUGGGAGAGCCAGUACCCCAAAAAUGGUGGGAAAAUCGGCCUUGAGAAAGGUUGAUUGCAUGCAGUUUGCUUUUAACUAACAUAUACCCUUGACUCAGUAUUUUUGCUUCGGUGGAAUGCGAGAAUUGUGCAUGUAUAUAGCCUUUCAGUUUGACUCUAUAUCAGGCAGGGGUGCAAAACUAUCGGACCACGGACGAAUAAACUUGAUAGAAUGAAUGGAGUUGGUUGUUCAAAGGUAGAUUACCGUUAACCCUAGGUUAAAUGUAUUUCUAUUUUAUGUAUUUCUGCACGUCUGUUUAUUUCAAAACUUCUGAGACGAAAACUCCUACUAAUUCGGACAAGAUCUCUGACGAAAUACUGUAUUUCCAAAUUUGUAAACAAAUUUGCUUUGAAUUUUAGGUUAACCUUGCUAACCCAGCUUUGAACAACUAGCUUCUGAUCGAUAAAGCUAUUUUUACAAUAACUACAAAAGUGCAUGCAUAUUGUAACGAUGGGUUUUUUCAAUACAGGAAAAGUUGUUCGGAGAGCAGACGAGGAGAAGUACGCAAUUCUGUUUUUGCCUCAAAAACCACUUCUGACUGAUGGUUCUCUAAAACAACAGGUUAUACAUGGUAUAUUAAACAUUUUGAUGGGCUUUAGAAAGUGUUACAGGGCAGUAUAGUUUAUUGAGUUCCCCCCUUCAUUGGUCAGCGGAUUUCCCAACAGGCUGUUGCCAUGCAUUUGCAUUACAGACUAAAUUUUGAUCUAAACAAGUCUGGACAAAAAUUUCAUCACAGCUUGAAAGAGCAUCAUAAUAUAGCCUUGCGAAGUUUGCCGUUUUUCAGUCAUUUUGUAUUACAAACGAGAAAUUGACAGCCCCAAAGGGUAUUGGCUGUCAAUUUCCCCCGCGUAAUAAAAAAUGACUGAAAAACGGCAAACUUCGCAAGGUUAUAUUAUCCGCAUUUUACAACAUUUCGCAACGAAACUUUGGAAUAUUACUAAUUUUGCGAUGCUCUUUCAAGCUGUGAUGACUUGUUGAGAUCAAAAUUUAGUCUAUGAUGCAAAUGGUCCAUUGAUAGGGGAUCCGAGGUACCUACGAUAUAACGUCUUUAUCCGAGAAGACGCGAAAGUCUAACCAUUGCCUGAUGUCAAUGUAAAGGUAGCACUUUCUCCUCAAUUAUUCUAAGACCUUGAGGUCCGACCAAGGAUUGAAGCCGUGUCUCCCACCUUGAAAGGCAAGUGUGCAUGUGACCACGACAUCACAAGAGCUAGUUAAAACAGUAGUCAUCUUCAGUAUAUCUAUUUUAUAUAUAUAUUUGGCUUACUUGCAGCAAAUACCAGACUAGUACGUAUGCAGGUGAAAAGAAUUAACCAGCGUUUUAGAUUCAGGUCAGCCAACGGCGAAUUUUGCCCGUGAUUGCGAGGAUUUUGUAGCAAAUUCCCCGUGUCUCCAUCCAGGCUUUUAGCCGUUCAAUUUUUGGUAUAACGAUACAUCUACAGUAAAGAGAGAGGGGGGUUCCAGAAAACGUUCCUCUGGAAAACCUUUGAAGUUUACGUUACUUCAUGUGAGUAUCUGUACCAAGCUAUUUCGUUUCAGAUAUAUUAAUACACUUCGGGAAGUAAUUGAAAAUAAUUUCCCUUUUCCCCCAGAAUUUGGGCGUCCAAAGGUGUCCAUUUUUCGUUCUAGGGACGUCCCAGGAUGCCUGGACGCCCUUCUGGCUAAAAGCCUGUCUCCAUCGCAUUUCGCCGUGGCUGAAUCCAAAAUGAAUGACGAACCUUUAUUGCAUGUUAGUUCUUGCCUUUGAUUUCUAUGUAAUGAUGGGUCCCAAUAUUCUCUUUUAGAUCAUUUAUCCAGAAGACGAAGAUUCGUCCUUGGAUGACCUUCUUAACGGUACUAACUUUAUUUAUUUGAUCUCAGAAUCAUUAGAUGCGACGUUGCUCGCCUGCGAUUUGUCUUUUAUAAUUAUUCUUUCGACGCAAGAAAGAGAAUAUGAAAGGAAACGUUCAACGAAAAUUUUGUCAAGAAAGUUCGAACCUUGGCUUCCCGGAAACGUGAAGCUUAAACUCCCUAAUGAUAAUCUCCUGAAACGCGUGCCUAGGGUAUCCUGUAACCUUAAAUUAAAGUGCAUAUGACAUGAAAUUUCUUAUUUUCUUAAAUGAAAGAACUCUUUAAGUUGUAGUGUAACUUAUUUCCCAGUUUCUUGUUUUUAUGGUUUGUUCCCGAGAUAUUUCAAUUUGUUUGAUAUGUAAAUGAGUGUGAAUAUGUCCGCUAAUUUAUGACGUCAUGUUGGUUGCAAGCUCAACUUAGACUGGUUAUAAAUGUAUUAAACUGUUGAUAUCAGUUCACGUUUUUCUCCAGUGUUUCAUCACAUGUACCAGUGAGUGAAGUUUGAAAUUAUCAUCUUGGAUAAUAGCAAGUGAUUUCAACCAUUUUGAAGAGCUUGCAACCAACAUGACGUCAUAAAUUAGCGGACAUAUUCACACUCAUUUACAUAUCAAACAAAUUGAAAUAUCUCGGGAACAAACCAUAAAAACAAGAAACUGAAAAAUAAGCUACACUACAACUUAAAGAGUUCUUUCAUUUAAGAAAAUAAGAAAUUUCAUGUCAUAUGCACUUUAAACAGAAGAAAAGAGUUUUAUAUAUACAUCACUGUUGUCUGUUGUUGUAACUUGCAACGCAAUUUCACAUACAAUACACAGCCAUGUUAUCUUAAGAGUAGUUUCCGUAUGGUCGUAACUGUCGCGAACGUGUUGUAAAGGUCUAGACACACCGGAUGCGAUUCGACAACGCGACGGGAUUUUUUAGUUUUUGAAAGUGAAUAAAACAGCCGAUGCGAGGAAAUUUUGAAAGAUAUGUAGACCAAAUAACUCAAAGUGUUAUAGCGCUUCUAAAUAUUUGAAAAAUGUUAACUAGGAUCAAAGUUAUCGGUCAGUGAAAAUCGAAAAAUCGCGUCGCGUUGUCGAAUCACGUCCGGUGUGUCUGGACCUUUACUGUCGUCAGAGUAAAUGGAAACAUGAAAAAAAGUCUUGUUGCGACACGCUGGCAACAGUUCACGACAGUUACAACAGUGUCGUCGAGAUAGACUCGAGUUCUACCUUGACGACAGUUGCGACAUGCUAAAAACGUGUCGUGACGGUUAUGUUUUAAUGGAACAGAAAAACGACAGCAUGGCAACAGUCUUACGCCCUUUUGGGGGGCCUUGUUUGUCUUUUUAAAACUGCCGCCAGCUGCUUGUACGAUCCCCGAAAUUAACGUGCAACAGUGUCACGACAGUUGUACAACCGUAUGCAUGCAAACAGGCAUACAUAUCAUUUACGACAAACACUUCACGACACGUUCGCGACAGUUACAACCAUAUUUGAUAACAUCGAUGAUGUCAGAAAUUGCGUUACAAGUUGCAGUAAAAUUUUCCUCGUGCGUGUAUAACAUGGCCUCAAGCAUUGGUAAUGUCGUCUUUAGUUAACAACGACCAUGUUGUAUUAGAUUCCAGAAGAAACGAUAGAAUUCAAGAGUGUCUUCAACUUGUUAAAUUGGUAAGAAUCUUAGUCAUUAUCAGACCUCGGAAAAAUGUUUAAUUAAUGUUUCUCCAACCCUGAAUUUGCCUUUUUCAAAUAUUCUUCGAAAGUACGUUAAGGCCCUGUCACACUAUUGCGUGUGAGAGAAACGUAUGAGAAGCGUAUGAAAAUUAAUGAAAUAAUUUUCAUACGCACAAAAAUCCUUUGAAAUGCCAGCGUACGAGUACCGUACAUCUGGCGUACCUCUAGCGUAUUCAGCGUGUGCCUAGAGCAUGCUUAUCGUAUAAAGCAUACGUUCGAUACGCACAAAAAUUUUGAGCAUGCUUAAAAAAAAUUUUCUGCUUCGCCGUAUGCCACCGUAUGCUACCGUGCUUGAAACGUAUACAACCUAUGCCUAACGUACCCCUAGCGUAUGUCAGCGUAUACCGGCGUAUGAGUGAUAUUUUUCAUACGCUGGCAUACGCUAGUACGAUACGCAAUAGUGUGACAGGGCCUUAAGUUAGAAACAAUGAAAAUUUUCACCUAAAUCCUGAUUUCCAUAUGGUCGUAAUUCCAUGUGAUCUGUCUGAUCUCAACAGGGAGUUUAUAAUAGUUUAUACCGGGCCUGUAAACCACAUAUAGUCAUAAGUAUUCUCUAGUUAUAAUCACUCCGCGUAUUUUCAGUUCUAAAAUGUUGUAUUUCGGCUGAUGAGAAAGAUCGUGACUCAAUCUUUACGACCGUUACGAUCAUAUGGAAACCAGGUUUAAAAACGCACAAGUUGUUACAGGUCUGCAAACAAGUUGUUACAAAUCUGUUCACAAGCUGUCGACAAUGUGUGUUCGCACUGCUUGUUCCCAGUUGUUGGAACAAGUUUGGAACAAGCUGUUAACAACUUGUAACGAGCUUGAUGGCAUUAUCAGACUUGUUACAAGGUUGUUCUAACAAGUCUGAUACAGUCAUGAUGUAACAAGAAUGUCACAAGGUUGACGACACAAGGUUGUAACAAUAUUAUUAUAUCAUGACUGUAUCGGACUUGUUCGAACAACCUUGCAACAAGUCUGAUAAUAUCGACAAGGUUGUUACAAGUUAUUAACAGCUUGUUCCAAACUUGUCGACAACUUGGGACAAGCAGUGCGAACACAACUUGUCGACGGCGUGUUGGCAGACUUGCUACAAGAUGUGAGAUUUUUGGAGACCUUUGUUUUGUCACAGUUGACACUUUUACGAAACCAUACGAUACAGUAAUAUCAAUGAAUAUAAAAGACCUGUUUAGAAUUUUAUAAUUAGUAGCAAGAUAUGUAUGGGCUCUUAAGCCAAUGUCUCAAACGCAGAAACGAGGCUGUAAUAGCCACGGCUAAGUUAGCAGGCAUUGCAUGGCAGACGCUCAUGCGGAAAGGACCGUCUGCCAGGUCCCUUUAAAAUCACAGCUAAAAAUAAAUGACCAUUACUUAUGUAUACAAAUUCGCCUUGCCCGAUUUUUGGUGUUUCUCGGCGGGCUGACCGUCUGCAACGCAGGCUAUGGGUUAACGGGCUAACUACUUUCCAGUGAAAUCAUAAUGAAUUUGAAAAAUGCAGAUGAAAUAUACUAAUCUUUAUCAAUUGCUGUCUAGACUGAGGUUUGUGAUCGUGCUGGUGGCGCGGAUCAGCCGGUGGACUGGAACUGGUAAGUCCGAAGUGUUGGUCACUGAUCUCAAAAUAUGUCGCUGUAUCGUGCACAAUCUCGUUCCCCGAGCCUGCGAUCCUCAGAAAGGAACGUGAGGCUCUGGGAUAAUCCGUUUCAGGCAGGAAUCUGAUUGGCCGUUGAUAUGGAAUGCGCAGUUCGGUCUUAGCCAGGAUUUCUGGCUUCCGGCAACGGAUUAUCCCAGAACCUCGCGUUCCUUCACGAGGAUCGCAGGCUCGGGGAACGAGAUUGUAUCGUGCAACUGUAAUGUCAAUAUGGAUAUCUGGCAUGAUGAGGAAAUUACAUUUACUUUUGCAGGGAAGACAUGUUAUCACCAGGAGAGAUGCAAAGACUGUCAUUUGCCAGGCUGUUUUAUCACAAACCUGAUUGUGCAGGUAAUAGACUUUUCUUAUAAUGAUGUCAAACGCGGAAAGCCAAUUUAUACGAUGUUCCACCGGACAAUGGGCCAUUCCAUUUA